UCGUAACGUGAGAGUGAAACUGGUAAUUGAAACAGCUACCUCCUGACAAGUUAUGUAUUUAUAUUGCACAUUAACCGUGUAAAUGAAGACUAUGGAUACGAUGUUAACAGUGCUUUUAUGGACGAGUACGUUGCCUGCAACUGGACAAGCGCUUUAUAGAAUAGGUAUUCUUCACCAGGGAACUUCCAAUUUGGAUGUUAAAAAUUUGACGGUUGGAGAGUAUACCUCCACUUUACUUUGGUUUGGAGUUGAUAUGCUGGAGCCCUUUCAACUCCAGAAAGCAGUGAACAAUUUUGAAACACAUCAUACACCAGAUGUCAUAAUUGUCCUUAAUGACGAACACCACGAAGCAGUUGAUACCUCUCUACUGUACGCAAGAACACCGUUGAUUCAAUGGGGUAGACGACCACCCUUUUCGCCCAAGCAUGUGGAAGAAGACGUCAUUGAAGGACAAGAUUUGUGCGACCCACUUUAUGAGGCAACAUCUCGACAAACUGCCCCAUACUGCUACACUGAUGCGCAACUUGACAAUCUCAAACAGCAAGUCAACAACAACACGCUGAUUAUGAAAGAGAUUGUGGUUAGAGUGCCGCUUGUUGUGAGCAACAUCAUCGUCAAAGCCUUAAAAUGGCAGUCGGUCUUCAUAUUUUACGAUAUUUCAACAUCACAAGACGUACGUGACCUUGUGGAUGACCUUUCAAAUAAUGCGGUCAAGGUCAUUACAUUUAACGUUGACCAAAUCGAGGACAUAACAGAUGUUCUUCUCCGCGCGUAUAACACCAUAAAAUCGGCUGAAUCGCAUAUCAACUUUGCAGUUCUUUGCAGAUAUAAUUGUAUCCGUAGAGUGUUAAACAAGGCGAACAAGUUUGAUCAAGAAAACGGCAAGAUGAAGUCCCUUUUAAAAAUGUUCUCUCGUUGGCUUGUCGCUGCUUACGAACACAACUUUGACACUAUAGAGACAAUGACGUCAUGUGCAUCCAACAUUGAUAAUUUGGCUGUGAUAGCAUUUCCAGAAAUCACGCCAUCGACAUCAAUAAAAGAGUCACUGAAUACAACCUUAACUUCCUUUUUCAACGACAUGAUAAUCGAUGAGAAGUUAUAUACAAGUGCCAAAGAUGUAGAAAGUGCAAAUUCAUCAGCUCAGCGGACAGAAAACCUCAUAAAAUUAUUACAUAAGGAUUCAAGUACUUGGUAUCGUGAAAGCAAGUGCGCAGCCUUACGAAUUGACACCCUGAUGUGGACACCCGAUGGGCGGGGAUUUAGUCACGUGGGUUAUGUAAAACAUCAACGAUAUAAUGAUACGAAUCAUUGGUCACUAGCAGAUAUAGCUAUAUUGUCAGACGUGUUUCCUAACAUACAUUUCGCUUACAACAAACGUCAGUUUCUGGUAUCCACACUACAUUACGAGCCAUUUGUUAUAAAGACGGUGGAGAACGGAACGUCAAAGUAUGGUGGCAUUUGUAUGGAUUUGCUGAAGGAACUUGCCAAGAACCUGAAUUUUACGUAUAAUUUGACGGAACCAGAUGACCAAAAGUGGGGUUCGACAGAGGACAUGAUCAACCCGCAGUUCAAUGGUUUGAUCGGUCAACUUCAAAGGGAGGAAGUUGACAUCGUCGCAGCAGACAUUUCUAUUCAGAAGGAGAGAGAAAUGGUCAUGGACUUCAUGUUUCCGUUUUUCUACGGAUCGACCUCAGUUGUCAUCAAGAAGCCGGACCCGAAUAGGCGUAAAUGGAGAACACUUGUUGACCCAUUCAAAGGCGAGGUUCUUGCUUUCAUUGGUGUCGUACUGCUUGCUGCAUCUGUGAUCGGAUUUCUGUUUGAAAGGUUUAACCCGUUUUAUUGCGAUCCUGACAACGCUCGCCUUCGGUCAGAGACCUAUGGACUACAUACAAUACAUGAUGCGUUUUGGUACAUGUAUGGCGCAUUGCUUUCACAGGGUGGAGUCAAUCUGCCAGAAUCCAAUGCAGGACGAACGUUUGUCAGUUGCUGGUGGUUGUUCUGCAUUGUUAUUGUUGCUACGUACUGCGGGAACUUAAUAGCCUUUCUGGCAGUCUCGAAGGAACCACUGCCAUUUAACACGUUGGAAGAAAUGGCAAAGUUCAAGGACGAGUAUAAAUGGGGAAUCCAGGCUGGUACAAACUGGGAGGUUGUAUUCAAGACGUCGAAGAGAAAGGAAUUUCGGGCAAUCGGUGACGCAUGGAUUGAGUUUAACAAGACUGAUCCCGAUGUAACAUCGACGGACUUCAACGUUCAUAUGGCCAAGGUCAAAGAGGGAUACUAUGGUUGGAUAGGUGACACUGUUGUUAUCGAAAUGGCAAUGGACAAGGACUGUGACUUGCUUAUGAUAAAAGAAAGGUUUUUGCCUAUCAAAUACGCCUUUGGAUUUACAAACAACUCUCCACAUGCGCAGAUAUUUUCAAAACAGAUGUUGUCUAUGCUCGAGUCAGGUUUGAUCCAAGUUUGGAAGAGACGAUGGUGGCCUAAGUCUAAGGUCAUAUGCCCGGGCUCUGUUGUGACGGUGGCUAAACCGAUAUCUGUCGUUGAUGUACAGAGCGCCUUUUACGUCGCUGGAGGAGGUGCAGUACUUGGAUUGCUUGCCUUCCUUAUGGAAUUGCUGGUAGUUCGGGUUCAGAAAUAUUUCAAGUCGAAACAUCCAACGAGUACGCGCAGCUCAAACGACCCUGUUCGAGUAAAUUACCAAGAUAUUUAGUUCCAGCUCACCAAACGUUUUACAACUGUUACACUGUUUGUGCCGCCGACAAAUGCACUUUAAAUGUAGUUCGUGUCUCUCUUUAGUUGUAUCUGAUAUAAUAUGUUGUUGUUGAUUUUGGAAGCGCAUAUGAUAUAACGAUAAAUAUGGAUGUUGGGGAUGCAUUCAACUUUGCAAAGUACUCGUUAGUUUUGUAUGUUUUUGUAUAAAGGAAAUAGCAAUUCAAACAGGCACGGACCUGACACAAUAUCUCUAUUCACACAAAUGUACACAGGUGCAAUCCGGCAAAUCAACAUGCUUAUUUCACUUCGAAGAAAAUGAUCGCAGUACCAAAAACAGGUCAUCGAGAAAUUAUUUUCUAAAUACGUGUGAAAUCUUUAGGAGAACUGUGGAGUUACAAUGUACGCAAUGGUCUUAAAUAACGCUUAUAUUGUAGACUCGGCCUUUGGCUCACCCGAUAAUUCCUCCACCUUGCCAGAAAAACUUCCUUAUCAACGGCACUAACCUAGUAUUCUCUAUUCACUAGAGUAUACAAAUAUAACAAGCAUUUACGAAAGUAUCAAAACAAAUAUUUACAACCUCAACCACAAAGCAUUCGAAAAGAAUGAAAUUGUCGCAAACAUAUAAAUAUUUGUAUUUAAAUCAACAUUAUGUAGUCCAAGAAACUAUCAAAAGACGAUAUUCAAUGUUUAGGCGUUCCACUCUGAAUUUAUUUUAGACUUCAAAUGUCGAUGUUGAUUUUACAAUAAAGCGGCGGGGCCUCAACAUUUGGUUUUAACUCAAAAACCGAAUUUAAAAGAUGUUUACUUUAAGCUCUAAAUACUUGCUAUCAUGAAAAGUCAAUGCGCAUAUGUGUAUCCAGGACUAAAAUCUUGGUUUUAGUGUUUGCGAGUUAUGCCCUCAUAGCCAUUUGAAUUAUCCUUUCUGGGCCAGGAAUAGUUUUUAUUUAUUACAUAUGCACAUAUGGAAACAAAAUGUACUACUUGAAAGUAUAUUCAAACAUGACUCUUAAAACAACAAGCAAUCCGCAUUAAAUGAAUUGUUAAAUGAAAUAUGUACUAACAACGAAACAACGUUAUCGUUUUUUCGAGUAAUCAAUCUAGCUUUGGCAAUAUAUAAAAAAUAAUGGUAUUAAUUUAAAAUGUAUUACUUUCUUUAUGCUGUUUUGAAUUACCUGAUUUUUGAAAUUGUAAUAAUUUAAAAUCUAACCAUUAUUUGCUUUUUUGACUUCGGUUGAAAUACGUUAUACUGUCUUUACA